AUGACUGAUAUGAAUAAUGUCACGUCAAGUAUAGAGGCAAAUAUUCAUACACUUGAAGAUGAGGAAGUUCUUCAAUAUUUAAUCACACACUCCAAAACUUCAAAAACUAUGGAAUUAAGCCUUGGAUUAUCAUCAAUUCAAUCAGAAAUUAUAUCAAAUUUAUUAUCCUCAAACUUGGAUUUUUGUAUUGAGAACAAUUUGAAUCUGAUUAAACUUUGUAUGUCAAAUGGAUCAAUGUAUUAUAGCCCACAGAUAGCUAAACAACAUAUAUGUCCCAGCCUUAAGUCUGUUUUAUCAAAUAAAGUUAUUCAAUCAUGGGAUAAGUAUAUUGAUGAUGAGAUUCUCAAAGCUAAAAACCAGUAUCAAAGAGGUGGUAUACAAGGAUUAGAUAUUGAAUAUAAUGAGAUUGAAACUUUGGAAAUCCAGAAGUUUAAUCAAAGUUUGGUUGAUAAAUUACGUUAUGGGAAUUUAAAAAGUAUAGAAAAAAGUGAAUUAUUGUACAUGAUCUUUAUUUUUUUCAAUCAUGAUUAUAAUCUUUUGAAUCAUAAUUAUGAAAAACAACAAAGUUUAUUAAUCCCUCAAAUUCAGUCUAUUCAAAACCAAGAUGAUCAAAUCUUAAAAUUAUUACAAAGAUCCAUACCCAUUUUUGAAAAUUUGAAUGAAAUGAAAACUUGGUUCAAUAGAUAUAUCAAAGCUUUCCAAAUAAUAUUCCAAGGAUUUGGAUCGCCCAUAACAACAUCUACCAAUCCCUUAGAAACUCACACAACUUCAACCAAACCGAACCUUUCUCAGACCAUAACUCCCCAAAAUUUCAUAAACAUCAUACAAUUACACAUCAAAACCCAAACCAUAUUAAUCCAAUUUGAUAACUCCCCAGAUCUAGAUUAUGAUUUCCUAACCAAUCCAAAUGAUUUAAAACCAUUACAAAACCUGAUAUCAUGUUUAAUUUCCCAAAAUACAAGGAUUGGCGUUUUAACUAAUUUAAACCAUCUAAUCUUGAUUUUUUUGUUUCCUAAAGGUAUUGGAUAUGAUAAUAACCAGGGAUCAGAUCCUGAGAUACGGUAUAAAGUUGUUAAUUUUUAUGAUGAGGGGCUGACAAUGAAUUGGUUGGUUUUUUAUAUCUUGGGGAUAUUGGAUGAUGUUGAUUUUAGAUUUAGGGAAGAUGAAUUGGAUGAAGUUGUGUUAAGUUUUGAAGAUGAGAUUUCAAAAUUGAUGCUUUAG